CUUUUAUUAGCCCAAUCUGUAGUUUCAUACGUGCUUCAAGUAAUGGUGAACUUUAUUUCUGUAAAAUCCUAACAUAAAGUGCUGUUUUAGCUGCGGAAAUCGACUUUUUGGAGCAAAACUGUGUCUGGGCUCUGGAACCGAGUUUAAGGACCUUGUGAUGUCACUGGUUGUAUUCACGCAGGAAGCGCUAUAGAUUUUCUCUCUUGUUUUCACUUGAUUUAUUCAAGUUAUUCUUCAUAUUGUCGAUACCUACUAGUUUUCUACCUUGUAAUUUCUAUCCAGCCUUGACAGGAAAUACAGCUCAUAAAUGUUGGAGGGCGCCAAAGAGUGUAGAUUCACUAAUUAAUCAAAUUGUUUAUUUGUUAGUAUUAUAGCUGUGAGCUACGAGGCACGUCGCUUUGGUGUGAACAGAAAUAUGCGUGGAGAUGAGGCUAAGGAGAAGUGCCCGGAGAUCAAUUUGGUGCGAGUCCCAGAAGCUCGUGGGAAGGCUAAUCUGACCCUUUAUCGUGAGGCAGGGGCUGAGGUGAUUGCCGUGCUGUCUCGUUUCUGUGAGAGUUGCGAGAGGGCAAGUGUCGAUGAAGCAUAUCUUGAUUUGACAGAAAAUGUGAAAAUACGAAUGAGUACAAUGGACAUAGAUGAAAUUGCAGAGAUGUCUGCAGCGUCAACUUUUCUUGAGGGCUUCAUGAUUAAUGAUGGUGAUGAUAAACGUGUCGAUACAACUGCUUGGAGGGCUUCUCUGGAAGAUGAUGAGAACAUUAGAAGGCUGGCAGUGGGUGCAAUUAUGGUAUCAGAAAUGAGGGAAGCAGUGCUGAAAGAGACUCAGUUCACCUGCUCUGCAGGGGUUGCCCAUAACAAAAUGCUGGCUAAGUUGUGUGGUGGACGUCAUAAACCAAACAAGCAGACCCUACUACCUCAGUGUGAAGUACCAGAAUUAUUUGAGACUGUACCCAUACAAAAAGUCCGUAACAUGGGAGGCAAACUUGGUCAUGAAGUACGCUCAAACUUAAAAGCAGAGAGGAUGAGUGACUUGGCAAAAUAUUCCAUGAGUGAGUUACAGGGCCGUUUUGGAGACAAAACUGGGGAGUGGCUAUUCCAAAUAAGUCACGGUGUGGACCAUGAACCUGUCAGGCCACGUCAGCUGGCAAAAUCCACUGGCUGUGGCAAGAACUUUCCUGGGAAAAGCAAGCUGGCGACAGGGGAACAGGUCAAGUACUGGGUGGAUCAACUGGCAAGCGAGCUUCAUGAACGGCUCACAAGGGAAUCCGAAUUGAAUAACCGCGAGGCAAAGCUCUUAGGUGUUGGUUUCAAAACUGAAAGCAAUUCCUCCUUCACUCGGUCAUGCCACCUUAAAGAUUCAUCAACCCGUCAGAUCGCCAAAGACGCGUAUAAUCUGCUGUUACCAUUCAACUCGGUCAAGGACAACAAAACGGAUACGUGGUUCCCGGCUAUCAUCUGUCUACAGAUGUCAGCGAGUAAAUUUGAGGAAAUAAGUGAUCACAACAGUACGCCGUCUAUUAGCUCCUUCUUCAGCAAGAAAAACAAGACUGAAACGAUCACAAAUACGUUAAGCCACCCGGUACCAAAUAUGAUAACAGAAAACGAGAAACACGGGCGUUUUUCUGGCGCGAUUGAGAACUCAGAAGAAGCAAAUGAAGAGACCUGCUUUGCUUUCAACUUCGUUCCCGCUGGUCGGGACGAGGAAAAUCACGUUGAACGACAAAAUGGUGUUAAAAAUGGCAAAGAAGGCAUAAACAAAGGGAAAACUGCGUGUAACUCCAAAGUAAGUGAGAUUACCUGCCCGGAAAAGAAAGGGAUAGAAGCGUUUUUCGCUGGGAAGCAUUCUAACGAGAGAAAACUGAAGAACAGCGAGCGGCCAACUGGCCGGCCAAAUCCAUACCUGGGAUGCGAGAUCGAUUCUGCAGUGUUGGAAAGUUUACCAGAAGAAAUUCGCCGGGAAAUUAAACAGUCGCUUGCACAAAGAAAUCAUGGAGCUAAAAAAGGGCAGGUAAAUAGUUUCUUUGGUGCGCGAGAAUCGACGUGUGGUAAAGAAAGUACUUCAUUCAACGAAACGCCAAAUAUUAUCGAGAAUGACGGAUUUUCUGAUGACGGCGAGGACUUGACAGAUUUGCAGAAGUGUGAGAAAUGUGGACAAAGAUUUCCUGGUUGGGAAAUGCCGGAACAUUUAGAUUAUCAUUUUGCUGUUGAGUUGCAAAACGUAGAAAGAAACUCCACUGCAGCCAAUAAAUCGGAUUUAUCUAUUAAUGAACCCCCGAAGAAAAAACAGCGAACAACAAUUCAGUCGUUUUUCACGCCUAAGUAAGUCAAUGAACGUGGCCUAUUAGCUUUUUAUGGAAAGUAAACGAACAUUUCUUUUAAAUGCGCUCCGUCGCUAGUCAGUGACAACUCAACACGAAUAGCUGAGAAUGAACUGCAGUCUGGUUAGCUUUUAAUCCCUUGAAUACUGCGAUGUACUUGUGGUAGGUCAGCAGUUGUGGACCAAAUUUCUCUCUCGUUUUUUUCUUUUCAUUCUCUUGAAGGCGAAGGCAAUACGCCAUUUUCGGACUGCCUUUUUCCUCUGUGUUAAAAGUUCAUGCGAAACCGUUCUUAUGAAAAUGUGUUCUGCCUACUGGUUUAUUUUCAUACAAAUCAAACUCGUUUUGGAACAGAGGCAUAAGUUAACUCGGAAAUGGCCCAUUAUAGGCCAAGGGAAAAUCAAAAAGAAAGAUUUGCCGAUUUUAAAUCGUUUGAUUUCUCUGAAAUUACAUGCUAAAUUUGCAUCAUUGUUGGUCUUUAUAGUUUAUUUCUAACAACAAAAAAAAAAAAAACAGCGCUCACUGAACGUAAAAUAGCGGUUUAUUUUUACCUUUAACUUUCUAUAAUAUUACUUUAAACUAGUAUCGCGUAUAAUGUGUACAAAAUGCCGUCUAGAAGUUUAAGGAAUCUUUAAGCAUUAGCUGAUAACACAAUUCGUGAAACCUCUUACAUGUAUAGAUCACACUACGGUUAAAAGAAACCUCUCUGUUUAGUUUUGGAGUGUUCGGUCAAACACUUCUUGGUAAAACAACGUUUAUUUAUUUGUUUCUACAUAUGUAAUUCAACUAAACAUGCAUGCGGUGUAACGAUGAACAUACCUUUUUUUUUUAGUUAUGUUAAGACAAUUUUUUCAUUCUAAAAGUAUUUCUAUAAAGCUUUUACUAUAAGCGAAUACCUGGGUGUCAUUUUGAGAUUUUUACACACUUUUUCGCGCUAACCAGAACUGUAUAUUCAGGCUAAACGUAUUGCAAUUUGACUAGCGAUUAAUUGACUACAUUAAACGACUCGUGACUCCUGGACUGAUUCAUCAAUGGGAGGACCUCUCCCUAUGUAGCCAAUCACAAAACGAGUUAAUUUAGGAGGUGAAGACUUGGGCAGGCAGAAAAAUUGCAUGUUGGUUGCAUCUUUGAUUGGCCGAGAAAAUUGGAAGACCCCACAGAAAAAACGCACGAACGGCGAUACUGAGAACCUACAGGCCUUGUGACACUGGUCAUUUCUUAACACAUUAAAAGGGACUGUGUCACGGCUGA